AAGUCUCACAUCAAAAUGGAUUCCGAUAUCCAGGGAUUUUAUAAAGGCAAAACCAUUUUCCUAACUGGUGGAACAGGUUAUUUGGGAAAAAUUAUCAUUGAGAAAAUUUUGCGGUCAACGGAGGUGAAGCGCAUUUAUUCCAUGAUGAGACCCAAGCGAGGUGAGAGUAUUCGGGAACGCAUUGUCAAAUGGCAGAAAGAUGUGGUGUUCGAAGAGCUCUUAAAGUCCAAGCCCGGAGCCAUGCAGUGCGUUGUACCGAUCGCUGGAGAUUGUCUGGCACCAGACCUGGGCAUAAAUGCGGCGGACCGCAGGCUGCUGGCAUCUGAGGUGCAGAUCGUCAUUCACGGAGCAGCCACAGUUCGAUUCGAUGAGGCGUUGCACUUGGCCCUGGAUAUCAAUACCCGUGCCACGCGACUAAUGGUGCAGCUGGCCAAGCAGAUGGUGCACCUGCAGGCCUAUGUCCAUAUAUCCACAGCCUACUCGAACUGUGUGGUGACGCACGUCGAGGAGAAGUUCUACCCUGAGCACUUGAGCUGCAGUUCCGACAAGGUGCUGGACAUUCGCGAACAGCUAAGUGAUCAACUGAUCGACAGUAUGACCCCAGCUCUGCUCGGAUCGUAUCCCAACACCUACACAUACACAAAGGCUCUGGGGGAAGACUUGAUCCUGCGGGAAGCGGGCGACCUGCCCGUGUGCAUUUUUCGGCCGGCCAUUAUCGUGCCCACCUACAAGGAGCCCGUCGUUGGUUGGACUGACAAUCUGUACGGGCCCAUUGCCCUAAUCUUCGGCGGUGCUCGGGGAGUUCUGCGCAUAAUGUGCGUCAACACUAAGGCGCAUAUCGGCCUGGUGCCAGCUGAUUAUAGCGCCAACGCUGCAUUGGCCUGCGCAUGGAAAGCGGAUCAGAAUGCACAGAGCGGCACAGUGGAAGGAAAACCGACCAUAUACACGCUGGCACCCAGCGAUAACAACGUGAUUACCUUUGGGAGAUUUAUCGACUUAUCGUUUGCUUGUCGCGACAUUUUCCCACUCUCCAAGAUGGUGUGGUACCCGUUCAUUAAUUGCGUCUCGAAUCCAUGGCUCUUCGCCAUGGGUGCCUUUUUCUAUCAUAUCUUGCCUGGCUAUUUCAUGGAUCUGAUACUUCGUCUUAUGGGACGGAAGCCUCGGAUGGUGGACCUUUACCAGAAGAUUCACAAAAAUAUUGCGUUAUUGGGGCCGUUUACAAGGAGAACCUUUAUCUUCGAUACGAAGAACACGAACCGACUGCGAGAACUCAUGUCGGCUAAAGAUCGCAUCAUCUAUCAAUUCGACAUGGCGAGUUUGGAUUGGACUGACUAUUUCAACAAGGCCUUGCUUGGCGUACGACUGUAUUUGGCCAAGGAUCCCCACACUCCCGAGUCCAUAGCGCAGAGUCUGAAGCUGUUAAGGCGUCUUAAGAUCUUGCAUAACGUUUUGAAGGCUUCUCUGGCGUGCGGUGCUGGAGCAAUUCUGUGGUCGCUUUCCAGGCUUCUCAUUAACUAGAAAUCUGAAUUAAUAAAGAGUUAAAAGUCUCAAA